AUGAAGGUGUAUUACCCUUACCUGCUGAUGAACAAAAAGCGGUACGCUGGCCUGUAUUGGACCAGCCCGGAGAAGUACGACAAGCUCGAUGCGAAGGGCAUUGAGACGGUUCGCCGCGACAACUGUGAUCUCGUACGGCAGCUGGUGGAGACAUCGCUGAGGACAAUCCUCAUUGAUGGGUCUGUGCCCAAGGCCAUCGAGAUCGCUCAGAAGGCUGUCUCCGACCUGCUGCAGAACAAGAUCGACCUCUCCCUGCUAGUGAUCACGAAGUCCCUGGGCAGAGGGGCACAUGCGGAGGACUACGCGGUGAAGCAAGCUCACGUGGAGCUGGCAGAGCGCAUGCGAAAGCGUGACCCGACGACGGCGCCGGGCAGCGGGGACCGGGUGCCAUACGUCAUCGUGAGCGGCUCCAAGGGCGCCAAGGCCUACGAGCGCAGUGAGGACCCUCUCUUUGCCCUGGAGAACAAUUUAUCUAUUGAUGCGCAGUAUUAUAUUGAACAUCAGCUCCAGCUUCCACUUCUGCGAAUCUUCGGUCCCAUCAUGGGUGACGACAGCAAAGCGCAGUCCCUGCUCUUCUCCGGCGCCCAUACGCGCAAGCUGCACACGCCCACGCCUCAAGGCAACGCCCUGGCCAAGUUUGUGACGAAGAGCUUGCGGUGCAUGGGCUGCAAGGAGAUUUCUUGGUUCUGGGCACGGAUGGGCUUUUCGACAACUUGUCGGAUUUGGACAUCAAGCAGGUCCUGGAAAGAUGUUGCAGAGCCUCGGGUUCCAACGACGAGUUGCACGAGGCAGCAGCAGCAUUGGUGGACCUUGCUAUCAAGAGCGUGCGGUUGGGCCCAGACAACAUGGACAGGCCCCCUUGGCAAAACAACACCAGCGCAGUCCCGGCGAACAAUGCGGAUGACACCACGGCAUUGGUGGCGAUGA